GACAGGUUGAAAUCCCACCCACCCUAAUACAUAGACACUUUGGUUCUAACCAUAGUCCUCACUCCUGUGUUUAAUGGCAGACAAUGACACGAAGGACCCUCCCCCACCAUACUACUCUGUGGCAGUGGACCCACAGACGCCUCCUAUGGCCUAUGAGGCGGUGAUUCGUCAGGACAAAUAUGGGGUCACACAGAAACCUGUGCCGCACUAUGUUCCAAAGGAUCCAGCACAAGUACAAGUAGCAGCCGUCAUCGUCACACAGCGUGUUAUUGCUCCUCCAAAAAGGCAGGAGUCUUGUGGACGGAGUGGCAAGGGUUUGGGUGGAUGGGUAGGUGCACUGCUGGUGCUGGCUUUAAUUGGACUGGCCAUCUGGCUUGGAGUGCGUUAUGGAUCCAAGUCGUAUUCUGUCCAUCAUGAGAGUGAUUGCAAGGGAAACGAUUGCAAGGAACAAGAACACAAUGAGAUGCAUGAUGGCAUGAAGGAGACUGACACCUGCUCCAACUCCUCCAUACAGUGUGAUGGCAUCCAAAACUGUCAACAGGCCGUUGAUGAGACAAACUGUGUGAGAUUCAGUGAAGGUGGAGUGUUGCAGGUCAGAACUUCUCAGGAUGGUCGAUUCCUUCCAGUGUGUAAUCAGGGAUUGGAUCAGAGUUAUGCUGACCAGAUCUGUGAACAACUGGGCUUUAGAAGGUCUUAUGCAUCAAAUCCAGUUGAUAGCAAGACAUCAGUAGCCCUUACUGUAGGACCUAGAUCAGCCAAACUAAUACAGGGUCUGGUCAAUGUCAGUUUGGGCUGUCAGGAUGAGAAAGCAGUCUCACUUGAAUGCACAGACUGUGGCAAGCAGCAAAGUGCCUCCAGGAUCAUAGGGGGCAGCACCUCUCAGCUUGGCCAGUGGCCUUGGCAGGUUAGCCUGCAUUACAGCGGAAGUCAUGUUUGUGGUGGAUCACUCGUCUCUCCAGACUUUGUUGUGUCAGCCGCCCAUUGCUUCAAAGGCUCAGUGAAGAAUUCUCUUAAUUGGCGUGUCUAUGCUGGGACUAUUUCCCAGAAUGCCCUUCAGAUCCCCUACUUUCUGAAGAAGAUUAUAGUGAAUGAGAACUACAACACUAACAACAAUGAUUAUGAUGUUGCCUUGCUGAAACUCAGCAGUCCUGUUACCUUCUCCAGCAGUGUGCAGCCAGUUUGCUUUCCUACAUUUGACCAAACCUUUUCAGAUGGAUCAGAUUGCUGGACAUCUGGCUUUGGGACAACACAAGAGGGAGCAGACCUUGCCUCUACAAGCCUCAUGGAAGUGAAAGUGAAUAUCAUCAACACGCUUCUGUGUAACAGCAGUCAGGUGUACCGUGGGGCCAUCACCAAGAAUAUGAUAUGUGCCGGUGAUAUGAAUGGGGGACGGGAUUCCUGUCAGGGGGACAGUGGAGGUCCGCUGGUGUGCAAGGGAGGUAAUAACCGCUGGUAUCUGGCUGGAAUUACGAGUUGGGGAGCAGGAUGUGGACAAAGACAAAGACCAGGGGUAUAUAGCAGAGUGACCAGCCUUCUGCCCUGGAUCUACAGCAAGAUGCAGCAAGAGAAGCCCUGAUGCCUCUCUUCUGUAUGAUGUGUCCAUUGCUGAAGACUAAAUGACGAAAGUGGACACAGGACAAAAGAUGAAGGACAAAGCAAUGCACUUUGAGAUGGGACAAUGUUGCAAUAUUGUAGCCACAACUGGACAAAGAAAAACAGACUUUAUUAAUCUCACAUUCUCCAGUCAGAAAAUAAUAAAACAACUCAACCUGGGAAAGCAGAGCUGCAGGCAUUGAGGACCCUGUGGUCCCCUUCUGUCGCUGUGCUUUCCUCAUUCUUUCCUUUGCAUUUAUACUGUAUGUUCAUUACACGCUGCUGAAUCUGAGCCUCUGUUACCUCUUUAACUUGGUAUCCUUGCACUGAUUCUACAAAAAAAUAAAAAUAAAACAUAUUGGGAGUAUUCUGCAAAUAUGUAUCUAAUAACCAAAGGGGUGUUCAUUUUGUUUGAAAAUCAGUGUCUAUGAGCUAUAAUAAAAUGUGGUAUUGUUUUAA